AAGCCAAAGAUACUUUAAAAUGUACAGCGUCACCUAUGAGCUGAAAAAUGACCACAGCUACAAUGUCACCACCACACUCCUCAGGUAAAGCAACUACCUCCUGGAGGUCUGAGAAGCAGAACAAUGUCAUAACCAAGGGGUGACCAAAGCAUAGGGAUACAGUCAUUCCUCUCAUAUCACUCUUUCCAAUCUAUUUUUCUCACUCACUACCAUUCAUGGGUGGCUGUAGCACAAAGACACACACUCAGUAGAAACAGAACAGAGAGCUGGAUGUCUAGGGGGCCGGGGAGGAUACUGGAUCCACCUGGGAUCCCCCCAAGACCACUAUCUAUGGCUUGAUGAGAAGUGACCUUAAAGGAGCCGGUGAAGCAUUCAGGUCAGUCUAGGAAGCUGAAGUAGGAAGGCUACAAGUUUGAAGAUAGCAUGGGCAACUUGGCAAGAUGCUGUCUCAAAAUAAAAACUAAAAAGUGCUAGGAUGUGCUAAAUGUAAAAUCCAUGAGUUCAAUCCCCACUACACCCACAAAAAAAGAGGCAUGGAGGUGAAACUAGGGGCUGGUAGACUCUGAGUGACGGAGCCUCACCUUAGGAGGCACCAAAGCAGUCAGGCAUUAGCUUGGCCACCCAAGCGGGGGUUGAUGGACAGCUGGGAGAGGAGUGGUCCCUGGAGAGUCUCUGGAGCAAGGCCUGGCCUGGGCCAAGGACCAAGAUAUGUGAAGAACUGUAGCAGGGGAGGUGAGGAGAAGCAGGGAAGUAAGGCUGGGCAGUCGAAAGCAGGGAAGGACUGAGGUAGAACAGGAGAGAAGUUAGACAGGGAGCCCACGCUCACCCACCUGCACUGGGCUCUGUCGCUGUCCAUUGGGGGAUUUGGAGUUGGAGCAAUUGAAGGUGAAGUAACCCAAGGAAUGUAGGUUUGAGGGCUUAGCUCUGGGGAGCAGGGAUGGGGUAGAUUCAGGGGAGAGGUCAGGUGUGGAUCAAGCACUAUGUCAGUAAUCUGCAUGAAACACAUUGCAAGCUCAGAGGAAAUUGCAAAGAGAGGCAGGAAAGGGAAGCCAGGAGAUACGAGCAGGAGUCAGUGCCUGGGGUCUGCGUGUGGGAAAGGCUGCCUCAGGGAGGCACCUGAGGAUACACUGAGUGCUGGAGGGAGGGUGGAGCAGGCAGUUAGAGGCUCAGAGUGGAAGGACCAGGACCAUGGCCAGAGGCACAUGGGGCCUGUGUCAUAGUGAGGGACAAGGCUUUCACGGUCUGGCCAGGACUGGGGCUGGGCUGACCUGGGGCUUCAAGAGAAACAUGUUUAAGCAGGGGCCUCCUCUUCCAAUUCAGGGAGUUUAAGUCUAUGUCAUCUCCCUGCUCAGUCUGCGUCAUUUGUCUUUCCCACAGGAACACUGUUUGUGACCACUGGACCAGAACUGUUGUCCCAAAUGUGUAUCCUGGCCAGUACACCCUGGGCAAUAUUACACUUUAUGUUGGAACACAGAGCUACACCAUGAGAGUGACCACCACCAACUACAAUCAGGUAGCCAUUGUGUUCUUCGAGAAGACCUUCAGAAACACAGAGUACUUCAAGGCAUCCCUGUAUGCGAGAACCAAGGAGUUGAGCCGUGAACUGAAGCAGUACUUCGUCAACUUUGCAAAGUACCUGGGCUUCACUGAGGACAAUGUCAUGUUUACUGCCCCCAACGGUAACGGCCACCUGGGAGAGAGGAAGGGAAUGUGGGAUCCUCCAGGCGGGUGUUGCCUCACCAGGGAAAGGGGACAGGAGAGGCUCAGGCCCCUGCUCCCAUCUCUGGAAAGCUGGUGGUGAAUAGCUG